AUGAUAUCUAAACAACUUCCGAAGUUGUUAGGUGUACGCGAUUUGGUAAAAAUAUAUGGUUUGACCGCAAAGGUUCAACUAAGUCAAAACUUUAUUUUAGAUAAAAAUAUAACAGAUAAAAUUGUAAAAUGCGCAAAAAUAAGUCAAAAUGAUACGCUCAUCGUUGAAGUUGGACCUGGACCUGGUUCGUUAACAAGGUCAUUAUUAGAAACAGGAAUUUCCAACAUCGUAGCCAUAGAAAAAGAUUCUCGAUUCUUACCUGUUCUUAUGCAAUUGGUUGAAGCUUCAGAACAUACUUUGAAAAUAAUAAAAGGUGACAUGUUAAAAAUCGAUCAUGAAAAGAUUAUGGAAGUUGCGCAAAUACGUAAUACCAUAAGUCCAGAUUCUAGUUUACAUUUAAUUGGAAAUCUUCCAUUUAAUGUUGCGACUCCUCUUCUCGGACAAUGGAUAAAUAUGUUGUCAAAUCGAUCGGGAAUAUUCAAAUUUCCCAACACUAAAAUGACUUUAAUGUUUCAAAAAGAAGUUGGAGAUAGAAUUGUUGCCGAUACAACUAGUUCAAAACGUGGUCGGAUGUCAGUCUUGGUGCAAAGUUUUUGUGAAGCCAAAAAGAUUUACGAAGUUCCCUCAAGUAUAUUUGUACCUCGACCAAAGGUUGACGCAAGCGUAAUUCAAUUAACGGCUUUACAAAGUCCAUUAUUGAAAGCUCCUGUAAAUUUGUUGCAAGAAAUUGUUCUAUAUUUUUAUUUAUCCCGGCGGAAAUCAAUAAACUCUAUAUUCAACAAAUUACAGAAGGAUCUUUCGAAGGAUAAAAAAGAAAUACUCUCAAAAAUCAUCGAACAAUUAAAUGUUGAUAUGUCAUUACGACCUGGGAAUUUAACUGCGGAACAAUUCUGCCAUUUAACAAAGUUAUUUCAUGAUAAUUCUUUAUCGAUUCCCAAAAGAUAA